AUGAAGCAUCAUCAUAAUUCAGUAGAGGCAUCUAAUAAUCUUCGAUUAUCCAAAAAUUACGAUAAUAAUGGUUCAAUUGGGAUGAAAAGAAGGAAAUCAACCGAUUAUUUAACUUUCAAUGGUAGUAAUGUUGAGUAUAUCGAUCCUUUAGAUGCUUUAAAAUUAUUCAAAGAAGAAAAUAAUUCUAGUGAAUUACCUUCACAUAAUGUAAUGUUUCCUUGGUUAUAUUCAAUAGCAAAUAAUAGUGUCCAAAAACCAGAUGGUACUUUAGAUUCAUUAUUAUUCAUGAGAUCAAAAAACUCUUGUUGCCCAAAGAAUGAAACAAUCGGAAAUUCAGGGAUUUUAAAAUCUUCCAUAGAUCCAAAAGACAUCUUCAUAUCGAUUGAUGACAACGAUUUUGUAAAUGAUUGCAAGAACAACAUUCAUUUGAUUAAUUUAGAAAGCAAGUAUAAAUUUGUUAGAGAAGUCUUAUUUAAAACUUUGGAUGUAAAUGAAAGUGGGUUUCUGAAAAAUGAUUCUUUAACAAAUAUCGACAACCUCAUAGCUACAUGCAUAAAAUUUAAUAUCUUUCCAUUUUUAAAAACGGAUUGUAAUAUAUUAGAAAAGCUAAAAACUAAAGAAACAUAUGUCGCUAAUUCGGUUUCGAAUAAUAUCCAAAGAGAUACUGUGAGGUCGUCAACGAAAUGGAAGCAAUCCAAUAUCUUUAGGAGAUUCGAUUUACAAUGCUCAAAAUCUUUUGAAUUAUCAAAAACUGUAAUACUAUACUGUUUUCACAAUGACCAUUCGGAUACUAAUAUUAUUACUCCACAUUCUUACUGUGACAAUUGUUAUGGUCUUUUGAUAUUGCUUAAGAUUGCGAUAAAUUUUAUAAACAUAUCAUAUCAGAAGGGAAGUAACAAUAAAAUGAAUAAUAAUAAUCUUGUAGAUAUAAACAUAAUGGUCAUGAAAUAUAAUACGUUGAGUGAUAUCCCGAAGGAAUUAAUAGCGAUUGAACCAAUGAAUAUAAAGACAUUAAAGAAAAAACCGAAUCAAUUAUUAUCUGAAUUUGAUAUAGCAACUUUUAAUUGUUGGGAAACAAAUAUUAGUUAUCAUGAAAAACUAGAAAUAACGAAGUUAACUUCAAUAAGUAAAAUUGAUGAAAGUUCCAAAAUAUGGGCUGGGAAUUUAACUGAUUUUCAUAUAUAUCAAUUACUUUCAAAGUUAAAAGUUAACAACGACGAGUCAGAACCCGAUGUUAAUAAAAUUAUACGUAAACGUACUGAUUUCAAUUGUAUUGACUUGAAAACUAUUUGUACGAUUCGUGAUGUUGUAUACAACCAUCAGCAUAUUCAUUUAAAUGAUUCCGGUAUAUUUAAUAUUCCUAAAUUAACGAAACCAAUUUGUCUUUUUAUUAAUUGCUUUGAACAUGCUCCAUUACCGACGAUGAAAGAUGUCUGUUCCGCUUUUGAUAAAUUGAAUAAUGCACAUGAUAAGCAAGUGCAUUAUAUGUUCCCUAGUUCUGGUUCGAUUGGUUUAGGAAAUUUGAACAUUUCUUCUAUCAAUAUUAUAUUGAAUACGUGCUAUAUGAUUUAUUAUUUAUCUGAAUUUCAUGAUGUUCAAACAUUAUUUUAUUGUGCAAAUGGUUAUACAGAGACAUCAUUUUUGCUAGUAGCUUACUUGAUAUUUUACUGGAAUCUCCCUCUGGAAAAAACUAUGUUAAAGUUACAUUUAAAAUACGAUAGGAGUUUUUUUCUUUUCCACAGUGACCUACAAGUUCUAGGGCAUCUCCAGUUACUAUUACAAGAAUUUAGCCCAAACAAAGAGGUUAAUUUUAUGAAAUACAAACAAAGUUUUAAUGCAAAUAAGUCAAUGGAGCCACUGGAAAUUACGCCAGAAAUGUUUAGCAAAAUAUUCUUUAUUCAAGUUCCUCCUGAAUCAGACUUUUCAAAAAUUAAAGGACCAUUCCCUUCUAAAAUUUUACCUCAUCUAUAUCUGGGGUCAUUGGAACAUACCCAGUCCAAUUAUCUAUUGAAACAGCUUGGUAUAAACUAUAUCAUUUCUGUUGGAGAAACUAUUACAUGGUUAGAAGAUGAUAGCACCGACAUUUACUCUAGAAAGAGGGGUAUCUCAAACCCCAUUCCUAAUCCUAUAUUACAAGCAACCAAUGUUCGAGCUAAUGGAUUACGAAGAGCUACAAUCAGUAAACAGAUUAAUUCUUAUAAUAAAUCCGAUAAUUCUAGCUGGUCUGAAAUUAUUGAAAAAGAUGGUUUUAAAAUACUAAAAAUUAAUAACUUACUUGAUAAUGGUCAAGAUACAAUAUCUGAUCAGCUUGAUGAAGCGUUGGAAUUCAUAGAUGAGUGUUAUCAAAAAAAAGGGAAAGUAUUAGUGCAUUGUAUGGUUGGUGUAUCACGUUCGGCUUCUGUAUGCAUAGCUGAAUGCAUUAAAAGAUUGAAUUGUAAUUUAUUACAAGCCUAUUUAUAUGUACGAGCAAGAAGACUUAACAUCAUUAUACAACCAACUCUAAUGUUUAUGUAUGAUUUGUUGAAAUGGCGGCAAGCAAAACAUCAUGAAGAUAAAGACGAUUGGCAUAUAUUGUGUCGUUCUAUUCACGAAUUGAAUAGUAAAUAUAUAUAA